GGUAAGUGGCGUACGCACUUCUAGCCCCUAAGUUGCCCUAUAACCUCUGGUUUUCCCGUAACAAGAAGACAAUGUCAACAAACUUUUAGUUGGUUCGACGAGAGUUUGCUUCAGGAUAUUUCCCUUUGCGAUCGUUAUUAACAUAAACAAUAAUUCGUCUUUAAAGGAAUACAGAGACACUUCUUCUGGCUACCAACGUAACGUCGAGUGCGGGUGGGUCAUUGCGCAUGCGUAGAACCGAGUGCUCCCUGACGCGCAACUUGGAAAGUUAUUUCGCCCGUCUUUUAUAAAAACUCUCCCCGAAACCGAUAUUAUUUUACCAGAAAAAAAACAACACACCGUAGAGAGAUGAUAUUUGUUUAAACUACCCUACCUGUCAGUGAGGAUGUCCAGCACUCUGCCCGGGGAGGUGAAGGAUCGAUAGGUGGAGAGGAAGAUUGUGAUGAAGGAGGAGUCUCCGAAAGAAAAGGAGUGAAGGAGGUGGAGCACCAGCUUCUCUUCUGUCCCUGCUUUUACACACUGGGAGCGAGAAACCGCUGACUGGAGGAAGAAAUAAUAAAGAUGGGGGGAGUAAGUGAAGGAGAUGAUGUGUUGGCUCGAUGGAGUGAUGGACUACUGUACCUCGGCAAUGUGAAAAGAGUAGAUGGAGUCAAGCAAUGUUGUCUGGUGAGAUUCGAGGACAACUCGGAGUUCUGGGUGCUGAGAAAGGACAUUCACUCGUUCGCUGCUGGAGUGGAAGAAGUUUGCUGUAUUUGUGACGCUCCGCCUCUUAAAGAACCCCUCAUAAAUUGUCUUAAAUGUCGCCACGGUUAUCAUCCAGAGUGCCACACGCCAACCAUCGAACCGGAAGCUGAAAGCGAUUCGUGGAUAUGUCGGCAAUGUGUCUUUGCAGUUGCAACCAAGAGAGGCGGGGCGCUCAAACGGGGACGUUUCGCCCGGCUCAUGCAAUUUAUGAAACUCCGACUUCCCUACCAGCUGUCGUCUUUAGACUGGGACCAGCAGCAUCUGACCAAUCAGCAACAGUGCUACUGCUACUGUGCCGGACCUGGAGAGUGGAACCUGAAGAUGUUACAGUGUGGAAGCUGUGGUCAGUGGUUCCACGAGGCCUGCACACAGUGUCUGACCAAGCCGCUGCUGUAUGGCGACAGGUUUUAUCAGUUCCAGUGCUCAGUAUGUACAAAGGGACCAGAGACCAUUCAGAGACUACCCAUGACCUGGAUGGAUUUGGCUCAUUUAGUGCUCUACCAUCUCUCGCUGUGCUGCAAGAGGAAAUACUUUGAUUUUGACCAUGAAAUACUGUCCUUCACCAAUGAGAAUUGGGACUCCUUGCUCCUAGGCGCGCUCUCUGACACGCCAAGGCAAGACCGCUGUCACAAUCUCCUCAACGCUCUGAACUCCCACAAGGACAGGUUUGUCUCUGGAAAAGAGAUAAAGAAGAAGAAGUGUCUUUUUGGGCUUCAGGUCCGAGCCCCGCCUCCUCUGACGUCUGAUUCGUCGCCCCUCAUCACGGACCCACCUAUCAACAUCACGCACCGGAGAAGCCCGUUGUCACUACCCUGCCAGAGGAGAGUGGGGGGGCCCGAGUCGCGUAAAUCAAAGCGUCGCAUCAUGGAGACACAGGUUUGUCCCCCACCAGUUGCUGCCAACCCCAUUGAGCUGCUGCCAUGUUGCCAGGGAUACAUGGGAGGGGCCAGCCUUUACAACUCCAGGAAGUCAGAGGAGGAGCUUAGUUUAAGCUCUCCUCCCAAGCGGAUGUAUGCCCUCUACCACACCACGUACAAUGGAAAUUCGUCACUCUCCAGGAGUCUUCAUCACUACAACAGCGCGGAGGACACCUGCAGAGUACCGCCACCUUGCUAUCCUUACCCCCUCAACUCCAAUGGCAGCCUUCACCACCACCCCUACCAGCAUCAAAACAACCACCAACACAACCACCAAAACCACCACCAACACAACAACCAGCAACACAACCACCAACACAGCAACCAGCACAGCCACCAACACCAGCCUGGACAGAAGCAGGUGGAGCCGGUCAUCCUACGUGACAUGCCCCCAUACCAGGCGGACUUGGGCGGAGGUGGUGGCGUAGGUGGAGGAGGAGGUGGAGCAGGGGGGGUUGUAGUUGGUGGUGCAGACGGGACAGUGGCCAGGAGCUGGGGAGGAGGGGAGGCAGUGAGGAUUUUGGCGAGGCGCGUCACACCAGACGGGAAGGUGCAGUACCUUGUGGAGUGGGAGAACGUGAAUCUGUACUGACACACAGAGAGUAAACACGAGACGCAGUGACUGUUUUGCCACAGGAAUACUCUCUAUGUGAUACAUGGCAGUGUUUGAAGUACAAACAAAACUAAAAAAGGACAAAAAAAAUCUCUACACGUUGCAAAUCCAGGUUGCUCUCAUAGGAUCACCUAUUCUACAGCAUUAUAAAUCACUACUCGUUACUAAAUGUCCCUUUUUGCUAGUGUUUCUCUGAUAUUUGUACUGUUAACUUUGGAAUAUGCCUUUGCAUUUAUCAUGUUUAACGGUGAUGAGGGAAGACAUUUAAACCUCUGGAGAAUUUGUGAAUGUGGAAAUCAAGAAGAGAAUAUCUUUAAUUGUAGUCAAAAUUUGGAUAUACCUCACGGGAUAAGCAACAGUUUAGUACAAGAAAUUAAAAGAAUUACUGCUUUUUCUUUGCUUUAUGUGAAAUAGUGGAUAUUUUCAGUGUUUCUAUUGCUAUACCUUUAUGGGAAUACACACCCUACUUUGCAUUAAACUAUAAUCAUUGAAAUGCUGAUUUUAAGACCAAAUUUAGUCGAGAACUCUUCUGAAUGAUUCUCAUCACCAAAUGAAUGAUUAGUGGGUACUUUAAAUGUGGAGAAAAUUGAAGAUUUAACUCCUUUGUUCUUUUUUAAUUGUUUUAUUUAACAACUUGCCACAGCAUUUGAUAUGGAUCUCGGGCUUGAGCAAGUGACAAAAGCCAGUAGAAAACACCAACUCGUGGAUAAAUGGCUCAUUCAAAAACUGAGGGUUAAUGUUAAAGAAAAUUAGCCCGGAAAAAUAAACGUUGAUGAAUUAUCCAUCAUCAGUUAGAGGCAUGACGACAGAUGGGUGGUGGCUCAUGACAAAAAGCAGUGACCUUUUAUUUGCCAUAUGGUAGUUUAAUGCCUUGCUUAAAGGCACAUUUAAAGCGAUGGUUAAUCCCAGCCCGGCUUCAUUAACAACAAAUUAUCUGGAGGUUUUUAUAUUAUUUCCUCAUCACCGUAUGUUAAUAAGAGAUUGUAUACAUGUUAUUACGGGGUUACUUAUUUUUUUUGUUAGAUUUUGUUACAUUAUUUACAUUUAGACUACUGUACGUAUUAGAUAUAGGAGCCUCAAGAGGGCUUUUGUUUUAUAGAUAGAAUUAUAUAUUCACAAUAUAUUGCUAUGAAUAACUUACUUUUAUUUUUUUGACGUGGUUGCAUAGUGCCUAAAUGGGUUGUGUACCUGCCGAUUGAUCUGCUGACCUUGGUCGACCAAUCAGCCGAGAGAUAGAUGAACGAGGCCAUAUUGCUACUAAACAAGAGGAUGGCUCUUUCUCAGCUGACAGAUACGACUUCAUGGGUAAACAAGGACCAGUUACGUAGUUGAGUCGUUUCUUUUUAUCAGAACAGGACUGUGAUGUUACUGUACAUUCCAAACAAACAAACAAACGAACAACUGAAGUCAUCAGAAUGGAGAUUAUUUUCAAAGAUUGCGUUCCUUUGUCUUGCUUUUUAUGGGUGUUGAGUGUUAUAAUGAUCAGCUAAAGGUCAAGUUCAGGUCCAGGUUUAGUUCGUAGGGCGUUCAGUCCUUGCGUUCAAAGUAACAGUACAGGUAAAGGAGACACUGACAGGCCCGACUCCUAACUCAAACCCAUAGUUUCUUCCAGGGUUUAUAACAGUCUAUAAUUGAAAAGGUACAACCUGACACUUAAGUACAAAUUCAUAAGUCAAAGCCUGACUUCUGCUCAGAUGUGCUUACAGAGGCAAAUGAGGUGCUGAAGUUGGAUUUUACAGGUUACAUAAAUCUAGAAUACUGUGGUGCAAGUUUCAGAGUUUAUAUUUUAUACAGAGGUUUAUUUCUGGAUCUGCUCAAUAAAACUUACACAACAUAUAUAUUUCAGUUUUAUCUUUCAGGAAAGACUAUUACAGGUUUGGUUGAAAAAGCAAAACAUGCAUUAAGCAUUUGUACUGUUAUAGUCAAACCAAUGCAAAACUCAGAUUUUAUUUAAAUGUCGACCUCUCUGUUAAACUAGUGCACAUUUCAGGACCGUGAAAUGAUGUUGAUUGCAACGUUCAUCCUCCUCAGUGACUAUUUGACUGUAGUUUAUUAGGAAGGGGUGUGUUGAACCUCUCUAGGCGAAGGUGAUGAAUGUAUUUGUGUGUUUUCUAUGGUAUGUCUAUACCCGUCAAGUGCUUGUUCUAGGUUGUACUCGAGGUGGAACCCAACCCGAUUUGUUAAAAACAAAAAAAGGGAGGAUGUAAAAACAUGAACAUUGAGGAACAUCAUUUACUUUGGUAGAGGUAGUCUUCUUUUUCUGAUUUGUAGUAAAGUCCAGGUUCAGUUUGAUGUAUUUUUGGAUAAAUUACGUUUGUUCAUGUAUACUCUGCGUUCACACCUACUAUGUAAAAUGAAUAAUAAAAAACGUUUCACCUCACGAAAAGUGUAUUUUUAAUCACCAGGUAAAACAGGGUAUCAUUAUCUCUAUAGUUGUAUUAUACACAGUCCACUUAUUCCUUUCAAUUUUCAACAGUACUAUAAUUUGAGCCAAGCACAAACCAGGAGCGUGAACUAUAACUUAACAAGGAAGGGAAGAAAUGUUUGUAGUAUAAAUGAAG